UGUGCUGUGCGUGCGACAGUAAUUUCAAUUCAAAUAUAAAAUUUUAAGUUUCUGGCAGUUGGUCAUAAAAUUUCAACAUGCUUUUUUAAUAUUUAAGUUAGAUGGUGCUUAAUUAUUUCAAUGAAAAUGAAUAAAUGUAAUAAAAUUGAGACAGAAGCGGGAUAUCCGUGUUAUAUAGAUAAUACAAACAACCAACAAUAUUAUGACCAUCCUCACUUCCGUGUUAUUUUGAAAUCUUUGGAGAAAUAUAACGAGAUAAAAUACAGCGCUUAUCGCAUAGCGUUUAAAGUUUUCGAGUUACAGAAACUUCUCCAAGUGCCACCACUUCGAAUUACUUCAGGAGUAUUUGCUAGACACCAGUUAAGUCUAUCAGAGAGUAGUCUGUCACUAGACCCAACGGAAUUGGAGUCAGUUCUUGCGGACAUAUAUUUUGCGGCCGAAAAGGAAGGUGCUUUUUCCGGUGAUGUUGACCUGACUGUAGAUUUGAUGAUCAAUUUGUUACUAAAUGUAUAUGACGAAAACAGAACAACACCAAUAAGGGUGUUGGCUGUUAAAAGCUUACUAAUACUACUAAGUGAAGAGACAGUGUUAGAUAAAUGGCAAGCGUUAGCCAACUGCUGUGCGGACCACAAUGGUUGUGUGUCUCCACGGAGACUGGCCGCUUUAUUGACUUACAUAACUGCCCUGCCUAAGUAUCUAGGCAUAAACUGCGAACAAAUACAGACUGAUGUUGAUGCUUGCUUUGAUAAGAGUGCUGGUAUGCUGGGAGUUAGUUCUCGAGCUGUGGCCGAGUGGGGGGUACAGAAUAGUGCAAGUGCCAGAUGGCUGCCGGUGCUGCAGAGGAUCCUCAUAAGGAGAGCAGCAUCACCCUCUGCAGGGUCUUGCUCAGCUUGCAAUCAGCUACUUGCACAGGUAUUACACUUCAAGUGCUCAAAGUGCCGUAGUGUAUAUUUUUGUGAGAAUUGUUACUUGUACGACAAAAAUGUAACAUUAGUGUCCGGACAUAAGAAGACACAUUUGGUUCAUGAAAUUAUUGACGAUGAGAUGAAUCCACCCGAAUGUCUUGGCUUUGUGAGUGGAAUGAGGCGAUUCUUCUUUUGCACUUCGACAAGAAAGAAAAAGACGACAAAAAAAGAAGCUAAGAAGCAAAGUUCUGAUAAACAGAAACAAAAUGAUAAGACGGGAUCAGUUCGUAGGAAGGGAAAGCCGGCUAUCUUCACGUCCACAGUUGGCAAAGCUUCGGGCAAUAAUAACAGCGAUCCAACUACGAUUUUGGAAGACAUCAUCAACCAAUUGGAAGCAAGGAAUAUAGCUUUGAAAGAAUUGUUGCAAAAUACUGUCAAUCCUGAGGAUGAUUUAAAAGUGAAAGUAGACGCCCACUAUUCCUUGUUAUCAGCACAGAUUGAUAGACUAAAAGCCUUAAAGGAAAACCUUACCCAAGCUGAUAUACAAGAAGGAGGGAAGACUGAUAAAGUCUGUCGACCUCAAGCGUUCGACCUCUUCAGUCCAAUACCAGUAGUAGAAGAGAAGCAAUCCAGGAUACCUGACAUGAACACUCAACCUAGAGUGUUGAGUAUGGAUUCUGGUAACUUCUCAGUUGUGUCAAAGCAGACUGAGGUACCGAGGAUGACCAUGUCAGGAGAUGAGCUGAAACCUGUAGUUGUGCAUGCUACGUCUGACAGUAUUUCUGCCGUCUCCAUUGGUGAUGUCAGUAAUUGGUAUAAUGCUACAGCUGCAGUGACGAAGGAGUUCGAGCAGUCAGUCCAUGGGGCGAAGGCUCCGGAGUACAGCCUGGCGGUGACGGAGCGCCGCUUCGCAGACGACAUCCGCAGUGUGGAGACCAGCAAUGAUAAGAUGCGGGAGCUCAAUGCUGAUCUGGACACAGUCUUGGAUAGACUGCAGCAGAUAUUGACCAAUAACUUUGCUAUGGAUGACUCGUGUUUCGAUAACACUCAGUUGCGUGAGACUGCCAAUGAAAUGGAGGGUUUGCUCGGCACUCUUAUACGUGGCGUCGAACAGAGGGCAACCCUCAACGCAACUAAAGGACUGUUAUAGACAUUCAUAUAGUCAGAAUUCAAUAGAAAUGAGAAAUUAUAACAAACCUUUCUAAACCAUUUUUCAUUUAUAAGUCUAUGUCACAGUCCUUACUAAAACAGACAUGUUUUGAUUUAAACACUGGAUCUUUA